GGCAUGGCGGCGGGCGUGCAGCGGGGCCUGCCGGUGGCUGGCGGCGGCGAGAGCAGCGAUAGCGAGGACGAUGGCUGGGACAUUGGGUAUCUGGACCAGAAAUUUAAAAGGCCAUUACCCACUGAAGAAAAGAGUGAAAUAUUUAAGAAGGCGUUGACUACUGGAAAUAUUGCCUUACUAGAAGAGCUUCUAGAUUCAGGUAUUAACAUAGAUUCUAGCUUUCGUUAUGGAUGGACUCCUCUUAUGUAUGCUGCUAGUGUUGCCAAUGCGGACCUGGUUCAGGUCCUUUUGGACAGAGGUGCUAAUGCAAGCUUUAGUAAAGAUAAGCAAACUGUUUUGAUAAGUGCAUGUUCUGCCCGUAGCUCAGAGGAACAAAUCCUGAAGUGUGUAGAUCUGUUACUUUCAAGAAAUGUUGAUCCAAAUAUUGCUUGUAGGAGACUCAUGACUCCAAUCAUGUACGCCGCCCGCGACGGCCACCCUCAGGUCGUGGCUCUCCUUGUUGUUCAUGGAGCAGACGUUAAUGCCCAGGAUGAGAAUGGUUACACUGCUUUAACGUGGGCAGCGUGUCAGGGUCAUAAAAACGUAGUUUUGAAGUUACUGGAACUUGGAGCUAAUAAAAUGCUACAAACCAAAGAUGGAGAAAUACCAAGUGAGAUUGCAAAAAGAAAUAAACAUCUUGAGAUCUUCAGCUUGCUUUCUUUGACAUUAAAUCCUUUGGAAGGAAAGCCUCAGCAGCUAACUAAAGAAGAGACUCUUUGUAAACUAUUGACAGCAGAUUCUGAUAAAGAAAAAGAUCACGUAUUUGGUUCAUGUACAGCCUUUGGAGAUCUAGAAAUAUUUUUACAUGGCCUUGGACUGGAACAUAUGGCAGACUUAUUAAAGGAAAAGGACAUAACUUUAAGACACCUUUUGACCAUGAAAAAAGAUGAGUUUACAGAGAAUGGAAUUACCAGUAAAGAUCAGCAAAAAAUUAUUGCUGCUCUUAAAGAACUAGAGAUAGGAGAGAUAAAUUUUGGAGAGUUACCUGAAGUGGCAAAGUUGGAAAUCAGUGGUGAUGAGUUCCUCAACUUUCUUCUAAAAUUAAACAAACAGUGUGGCCAUUUAAUAACAGCUGUGCAGAAUAUCAUUUCUGAGUUACCCGUACAUUCACACAAGAUAGUACUAGAAUGGGCUUCUCCCCAGAAUUUUACUUCAGUUUGUGAAGAACUGGUUAGCAAUGUGGAAGACUUGAGUGAAGAGGUCUGCAAACUGAAAGACUUAAUUCAGAAGUUGCAAAAUGAACGGGAAAAUGAUCCAACUCACAUACCAUUCAUGGAAGAAGUAUCUACAUGGAAGAGUAAAAUUUUGAAGAGCACAGCUAUUACAGUAUGCGGAUUUGGGUUGCUUCUCUUCAUUUGCAAGAUGACUUUCCAAAGAAAAUAACCUUAAUAUUUGUUUCAAGUUAUGUAGGUACAUCCUAUUCAAACUUCCUUGGCAUUGCUAUGUCUUUAGUGGCAUAUCAUAACUAAAUCCUGUGCUCAUACUCCACAGGAAGACUUAGCAUAACGUAAAGCAGAAGGUUUUUCUUUAUAAAAUGGUUUGUUUGUUCAAGUUGUAAAUAUAUUGUAUUGUUGAUUUUGAUCAAGCAUAACAUACGUAAUUCUUUAGUUUGAAUAUUUGGCUGAAUCACAUUCAAAAUAAAAGUUUUAUUUAAUACUCAUUACAUUUUAAGAAGUCUGUUCAUCUGUCUUAGAGAAUCUUACAGAAUUUAUGAAGAGCUCAUAAGUCAAUAGGUUGCUUUUAGUCCCUACUUCCCUGUUUUUUAAUUAUAGGGGCUUCCUUAUUGGGUACUUUUAGUCAUAUUACAUUAUUGGAAAAUUAUUACUUUUGGAAGUACUCCAGAGAAUCCAGAGGAGAAAAGUUAAUGUAAAAGCUUUUAAUUUUUUAUUAAUAAAGGAAAUACAUUUCAAAUGGAAAGUACAGAAGCAGAAAAUUAGGGAAUAUGAAAAAAAGUACAUUAGAGUUUUUAUGUAAAUUAUGUUGGGUAAUAUGGCAUAUACUGCAUAGCAUUAUUAGGGAUAUUAAGAAAAUGAAUGGCAUUUGGUAUAUAAUUUCUGAUGUCUCAAGAUUUAAUAGAUUUUUAAAAAUCAAAAUACUAAUACUCAGAUUUAAAAAGUGAAUUUCAUGAAAGAGCAUGUUCACUUUAGCAGGCAGUAUAGCCUCUCAAUUGUGUUUAACUUCAUGCUGUACUUAGAUAUAGCUCAUCUACAGCUGCUUGAGACAUAAACACGAAACAGAAAUAAUUUUUGAAAAAAAAUGCAUUCACAUUUCUGUAACUUCUGAUUUUAAAAAUGUGGAAAUUGUAUUGCUCCAAAAUAAACUGAUUAAACUAUAGAGAAUUGUUAGAGCUUUUCUUGAGAAGAAGAAAAAGAAUAGAUGAAGAGAUUAGUAUUUGAAUACUUCUUCUGUAGUAAGUCCUUCAUUAAUGUUGAGUUUAACUUGUAGGAUAGUGCCAUGAGGAAUAUAUUCUCAUUUUAUGUAAAUUGAAUCUCAGAGAUGCUGUUGAAGUAAAUUUUUGAAAUUCACAACACUAGUAACUCAAGCUGGGAGUUCAAAUCAUUUAAAUUAAAAGCCAGGUGUGGUGGUGCACACCUGUGAUCCCAGC